AUGAGAAUACUUCUUGCUUAUUUUAAAUGUCCAAAUAUUGAUAGUGAACUACUUGAAGAUAAGCACAAUGAUGAUGAAACUAUGAGUGUCUAUCGUAAAUCACAUCGUUUUGUUUUCUCCUAAUUAAAGAGUCAUUUCAUUAUCUUUUCGUUC